CUUAUAUCUCUCCCUCAUUGUUCUUGAUUAAACGCUCACUCCAUUGUUACUAUUUGUUAGUUGUUUUUAUAGUACGUACGUGUUUAAAAAAGAUAAAAAUGUCGAAAGCACCCGAGGAACAGCACCCAGUAAAGGCCUUUGGAUGGGCAGCUAAAGAUUCUUCUGGCCUUCUCUCACCUUUUAAAUUUUCCAGAAGGGCAACCGGAGACAAGGAUGUAAGGUUCAAAGUUCUUUAUUGUGGGAUAUGCCACGCCGACCUUCACAAGACUAAAAAUGAGUGGGGUAGUUCCAAAUACCCAAUUGUUCCUGGGCACGAAAUUGUUGGAGAAGUGACAGAAGUAGGGAACGAGGUGAUGAAAGUUAAAGUGGGAGACAAAGUGGGAGUGGGAUGUGUGGUUGGUGCAUGCCAUUCCUGCGAGAAUUGCAAUAAUGACCUUGAAAUUUAUUGUCCCCAAACCAUAAUGACAUAUAAUGGCAUUUAUCAUGAUGGCACAAUUACAUACGGAGGCUUCUCAGACACUAUGGUAGCUAAUGAGCGCUACAUCCUUCGAUUCCCUGAAAACAUACCACUCGAUGCUAGUGCUCCCCUUCUUUGUGCUGGGAUAACACUUUACAGUCCUUUGAAAUAUUAUGGGUUAGCGGAGCCGGGUAAACACAUUGGGAUUGUUGGCCUAGGUGGACUUGGUCAUGUGGGUGUUAAAUUUGCCAAGGCUUUCGGAGCAAAAGUGACUGUAAUUAGUACCUCCACCAACAAGAAGGAUGACGCUUUGGAGCAUCUUGGUGCUGACUCGUUCUUACACAGUCGUGACCAAGAACAAAUGCAAGCUGCCCAGGGCACGUUUGAUGGUAUACUGGAUACAGUAUCUGCUGUGCAUUCCAUUAUGCCCUUAAUUGGUCUAUUAAAGUCUCAUGGAAAGCUUGUUAUGUUGGGUGCACCAGCGGAGCCACUUGAGCUACCAGUCUUUCCUCUACUUAUGGGAAGGAAAAUGGUUGCGGGGAGUGCCACCGGAGGAUUGAAGGAAACUCAAGAGAUGAUAGAUUUUGCUGCAAAACAUAACAUCACAGCAGAUAUUGAGCUUAUUCCAACAGACUACCUUAACAAGGCAAUGGAGCGUCUUGCUAAGGGUGACGUAAGAUACCGAUUUGUCAUUGACAUUGGAAAUAGCUUGGCUUCUACCAACCAUUGAAGAAUAGCAGCCUUAACGAUCUGCAUGUCUUUGUUUUCGUGUAUUUGUUCCAAUGAGUUUGUUUAAAUGUUCAAUACUCUUUUGCUUCUAUCCCUAGCUACCAAAACGAUGUUGUCCUUCUUGCGUUAAUCAUCGUGGGAUAAGAAAGCAUUUUCCUAUUUCGUUCUUCUAGUUCCAGAUAUUAAACUUCUAUUAUAGUGUAAUAAAUAUGGUUGUUCUUA